UCCGUGAAUGUGUCAGUCGUCUGCUCGCUUCAGAUCUAGCGGGUGGGGCAGGCAGGCGGGGCUUAGUAGUGUCGUGUUGUCUUGUGAGAGGCCCUGUGUAGAAGGCGCUAGUUAAUUCGCCUUUUCUUCUUGUUCGACCGUGCAACCUUUAUACAGUAGCCAUGUCGGUUAUGACAAUUAAGCUAUCCAAAGCCGAGGGUACUCCCUGGGGCUUCAGGCUGCAGGGUGGCAAAGAUUUCGCGACACCUCUCUGUAUUCAAAAGGUGAAUGGCGGGUCGGUGGCGGCUUCGGCAGGGCUGCAGGCAGGAGACGCCAUCGUCAGCAUAGGCGGGAAGGAUGCACUCUCUCUCAGGCACAAGGAGGCACAAGAGGCCAUCGUCAGGGCCGGAAACUCCUUCGACCUCGUCGUUCAGAGGGGGGCGCCAACGUGGAAGCCGGCCGUGACGCCCCUGGCCCAAGUGAAGACGACUCCAGAGGGCGUGCCCGUCGCCACCUCCACCUCCCUCGCUGCCAACAAGCAGCCCGUCCGCUACAUCGGCUCCAACCAUAACAGUGUGGCGCGACCCUUUCCCGGCUUCACGGGCUCCCAACCUGCCUACACCCACACAACCACCUCUCUAAAGAACACCCUCCACGAGGCGUCGGAAGGGUCCCCUGGUACUCCUAUCAGUGGCACCUCCUCCAGAAGCACGUCAGGUAGCACCAGCCCUAGCAGCUGUCUUCCAGUCGCCGGCACCACUAUAUCUUUAAACAAAGAGAAUGCCAAAAAUUUUCUGAAAAUGACCCUCGAUAAAGAAAAUGUUAACACCAUAAAUGUUCACACGUCGGCGUACAAAAACCAGAAAUCAAACAGUAAUGAAAAUAUUUUCACAAGUCAGUUUCUGAAUAACAAUGGAGCUGUUGGUGGAAGCGGUGGGCACCAGAGGAAGUAUUCUCUAGCCAGUAAUACCUCCAGCUGCAGUAGUGACGCCGACCACGACUCCCUCACCAGACGCAAUAAUGAAUAUGUUGCUCCAGUAGGAUCGAGUCACAACACUGUUGCUGUUCCAUUCGCAGAGGUAAAUGGACAGCAGAUAGUGAACACUCAAUACAACACGCCCUUGAAGUUGUACAGCGACGACAACAUCGCCGAGACGCUCUAUGCCCAGGCUGAAGUGCUCGGCAAGGGAUGUCUCGGCAUCAACUUCAAGAAGUAUGCGAGGGAGACUGUUAUCCAAACAGAAUCUCCCACAUACAAACUUAUCCAUGGAGAUGGGGAAGAGGCACAGAAGAAGGCUCGCCCCCCACCCAUCUCUCCUUUCGACAAGGAGGCCCCGCCCCCUGCCCCGCUCUUCUCCCGACAGAAGCCUGCAUCAAAGCCAGCACCGGCAGCACCAGCACCACCUCAGCAAGGAGGACAGUCAGACAGCCCCUUGAGUGGUGGCGGGCCGAGCCCCACUGGCAUUCGAAGCGUGCGUGCCCCACAGACCAAGGUGAAGCCUGAGGGUGUGCCUGAUGCCUCAUUAAGCACCAAGUGCUCCGAAUGCGAGAGGCCCAUUAUCGGCGUCUUCGUGCGCAUAAAGAAUAAGAACCUGCACGCAGACUGCUUCAAGUGUUCUACAUGCGGUUCCUCUCUCAAGAAUGUGGGCUACUACAACAUCAACGAAAAGCUGUACUGCGACGUGCAUGCCAAGCAAGCUGCCCGUCACAAUCCUCCAGGGCCCAACCUAGAGCCAAUCAUUGUAAAGCCCGGUGCCCCUGUACCAGCUGGUGCCAUGCCUGCCUGCUUGGCCAAGGUGGCUCCUGCCCCUGCUCCCUUCAAGCCUCCUGUGGGUGGUGUGAGAAUUAUGCCCACGUCCUCCGUCCUCGCCCCAGCACCUAUGCCCAAGUUCGCCCCAGUCCCCCCGCCUAAGCCCGAGCCAGUGGCCCAAGAAACCACAUCAAUACCAGCCCCAGAGCCAGAACCUGAACCAGAGCCAGCAGUGGAACCCCAACCCGAGCCUGAAUUCGAGCCGCAGCCCGAGCCUGUCGUCACCGAGCCUGAGCCAGUACCAGUUUCUGAACCUGUUGUGGAGGCUGCACCUGCACCUGCACCCAUCCAGUCUGAGCCCGAGCCUGCGCCCGAGCCCGCACCUGCGCCCGAGGCCGAGGUCGCUCCCACUGAGCCCCAGACAGAGGCUCUGCCUACAACUGAAGAGAUUGCUCAACAGCAGGAAUUAUCACCACAGGCCAAGCCACAACUUGAAACUCAGCCUGUGGAUAAGUCAGAACAAACAGAAAUUGAGGCUAAACCAAAGCCAGAAACUGUAUUGGAAACCCAGGCUGUAUCGGAGCCAGAACCAGAGCCAAAGAAUGAGGCUAUUUCACAGCCAGAAUUGGAAUCAGAAACUGCAAUAGAGCGUGAAGCCCCAGCUGAAGCUGAACCCAAAGCCACAGCAGAGCCGGAAACUGCAGAGGAAUCUACAUCAGAACCAGAACCUGUCGCUAUUGCCGAGGAGUCUUCGCCAGUGGUGGUCCUGGCAGGGGAGCCUGUUGUGGCCCCAUGCCCACCACCCCCCGUGCUUGAGGUAGAGUGGCGCAUGUCCCCCACGCAUGAUACUGGCUGGGCCAGUGCCACAGUCUACCGUAGCUCAGCGUCCAUACAUACGCUGCUCCACAAACCAGCGCCGGCCCCUGUUCCUGCCCCCAUCUUUGCUCAGGCCCCCGCAGCGCCCAUGGCGGCCCCUCCACCCACAUUCACACCAUUCAAAGCCCAGGCAGCCCCCGCGCACCAUAAGGUACCAUUUGGUGCCCCUGCUGGAAGCGUGGAUGUGCGAUCGCACAUUCCCAAGAAAGGUGCACCCUUUGUGUGGCCGCCACCAAAGAAGGUGGAUGCGGUGGAGGAGGGGCCCCGCUCGCCUGCUUGGGCGCCUGCGGGGGAACCUGUUUAUGUGCCCAGACCAAAGCAUGCAGCUGGUCCACCCCCAAAGAGGCCUCCCCUCUUGCCGACUCCACCACCUCCAAAAGAUUACGAUACCAUGGUCAUAAAGGCUUCCCCUCCCACCCAGCAACCUGCUAAACCUGCCAAAACUCUCCCAGCUUCUGCUUCUGCUCCAGUAGUUGCUCCUACUCCUGCACCAAACCCUGUUGUAACUCCAGCAUGCACAGUUCCCUCUUCACCUGGAAAGGGUAAAAUAGACCCUCCGGCUUUUACGCCUAUCGCUGAGCCAAUGCCAUCAGCGACCAAGUGUGCCCCUACCCCUAAGCUAUCUUCUACUGUGCCUGCUUCCCCUAAGCCUGUUGCUGCUAAACCAGCUGCUGCUAAACCUGCUGCUUCAAAGCCUGUUAGUGGUUUUAAGUCUGUGGCAGCUCCGAAGCCAAAUCCAUCACAAUCAUCAAAUGUUGGGUUUAAGCCUGGUGCAGCGUCAGGCAAAAAAACUGGUUUGGCCCCAGGAGCUCCCUCAAGACUUGCCUCUGCUCCUAUCCCUCCCCCUGUUUCAGUUCCUAUUGUUAAUUCUAUCCCAGCUCCUGCUCCUAAGCCUGCUCCAGGUCCAGCUGCAGCAUCCGCAUCAGCCCCAAUGCCAAAACCUGCAGCCCCCAAGCCCCCCGCUCCCACAGGCCCUGCUCCGGUCUUCGCUCCAGCACCAGCCCCGGCUCCAGUUUCAUCUCUGGGUGGAAUGCCCAAGCCAACACCAAUUCCAGACCUGGGUGGUAGUUCAUUGAAGGGUGUUGCCCAGACUGGUGGGCAGAGGACUGCUCCUCGUCGAGGACGUGGUGUGAUGAACCCAUCUACUACUGCAAGGAUACCCAUAUGUGCCGACUGUACACGUCAGAUCAGGGGCCCAUUUGUUUCUGCAUUAGGCAAGACCUGGUGCCCAGAUCACUUCGUCUGCUCCACUGUCAGCUGCCGUAGGGCCCUGAUUGACAUGGGCUUUGUGGAAGAGCAAGGUUCCCUUCACUGUGAAGACUGCUAUGAAAAGUAUUUUGCUCCCAUCUGUGGGAAAUGUGACAAGAGGGUGAAAGGGGAUUGUCUUAAUGCUGUUGGUAAACAGUUCCAUCCGGAAUGUUUCUGCUGUGCCUACUGUGGCAAGGUGUUUGGCUCUGGUGCCUUCUAUCUGGAAGAUGGGUUACCUUACUGUGAAGCUGAUUGGAAUGACUUGUUCACGACCAAGUGUGUGGGGUGUGGUUUUCCUAUCGAGGCUGGUGACCGAUGGGUAGAAGCCCUUAAUAACAACUAUCACAGUCAGUGCUUCAAGUGCUCGAAAUGCCACAAGAACUUGGAGGGCCAGAGCUUCUUCGCCAAGGGUGGAAAACCUUUCUGCAAGGCUCACGCUCAGCGUGGUUUCUAAGCUGCUGCUACACAGCACGCAGGUCCCAUCAUGGCUCUGUCUUCUGAGAGAAGGGGUUCACCUGCUUCCAUUCACAAGCAACAGAAUCAACAAAUUCGCAAACAGCAAUGACAAAAUGUUUUGGGUUGCCGAAGUAUCAUCAUUAUUAUUAUUGUAGCAGCAGCAGAAUUCCACCACAACUGCUUAUUUUCUCCUAGUAUAGCUAUUUAUUAACAUUUUUUGAGCUCCUCAAGAGUAAUAACUAUUGAGAUGCAGCUCAAUGAGAAUCUCCAUUUUCAGAUGGUUUUACAUGCCUCAAGUGAUGAACUUUAAAUUAAUACAUGCCAUGGCAUUAUGCAACGAACAUUACAGCUUUUGGUUAAUGUUGCCUUCUGAUGGCAUAGUGUGAGUUAAUGAUGUUUCUGUUGCAUUUAUUAAAUGUUUAUCUAUACACAAUAAGGCAGAAAGUCAGCCUGUUGGCUUGAAUUAAAACAAAGUGCAUAAAUCGCCAGUGAUAAAAGUCAGUGCCUUAAUUUUAUCACAUUAAUUAGUGUAAGUACUGUAUACAUAAGCUUUAUUGCCUAGAUUAAUGUUCAAGUCAGUAAAAUGCAAACAUGAAAGGUGUGAACCAGUAUGUUGCUUGUACUAUUGAUUUCUUCAUUGCUUCAGCCAUUUUUCCAAUCCUUGCUGUUUACUGUACUGUAUAGAGAAAUAUAUAUAAAUUGUGAAUAACAGCAUAUUGUUACACAAGCUAUUAUUGUAUAUACGAUUUUCUUAAAAUGAAACCUAUUUAUCUAAAACCAUUAUACAAACCAUCUCAGCAACAAGAAUUUAACUCGGCUAUGCUUGCUUAGUCUCCUGAAUGCCGUGUGUCUUGUUUGUCCAGUUUCUGUUGAUGUUUACACGCACUGAGAGCAGUCUUCGUAAAUUUGGAAAAAGAGGGAAUUCUAAGUCGAUGCUAUCCAUGGAGCUUGCUUAGGGGCCAUUUAAUUCACAGUACACACACAUGACCUUGUAGCAAACACAUCUAUGGAGGUUGAUAUAGAUUGUUUUAAAUUUGCGAAGGCUGAGCCCAAAAAAAAGUUUUUAACCAGUGAAUUUAAAAUUGUUGCGCGCUUCUUUAUCUUCUGAUUAUCACACUCCCUUUUAUGGGGUAUUAUAAACGACAAUAGACAUGUUGUAAA